AUGUCUCGUGUUUUCCCAUGUUCUUUCCGAAUCUUUUUGUUCAUCGCGUUGGUUUCUGAUAGUCAGAUUUUGGUUCAUCCCGUCACAUCAUUUAAAGGUUUGUGCCAGGUUAUUCUUUUCCCAUACAGAAUUUUUUUUAUUUUGAGCUACAGUAAGCCAGGUUGACGUUAUGGUGUCCAUUCUCUUGUGUUCAGCUGAGUAGACCUUCUGUACAACCAUGUAAUAAGGAUUUAACGUGUUUGAACUUCGUUUUUUCUUUCAUUUCUUGUCUUAUCAUCAUUCUCGUCAUUAAUUUUCGAGUGACUGCGUUUUUGUUUCUUAAGCGUAACAUCUGCUUUUUGCCUGGAUUAAAAUCAACUUUAACUUGGUCAUUUUUCUUAUUGUUUUUUCAGUUUAACUUAUCACCCGAAUCUUUUAUUCAACAGCUAAUUGCGCUGAGCUUUAUAUGGAUGGUAAUACAGCCAGCGGUUUCUAUAAGAUUGAUCCUGAUGGUUUAGGUGCCUUUGAAGUGUACUGUAAUCAGAACACGGCUGGUGGAGGAUGGACAGUGAUCCAGAGGAGACUGGACGGAUCUGUCGAUUUUAAUCGUACUUGGUGCGACUACAAGCAUGGCUUUGGUAACAAGUAUGGCGAGCAUUGGUUGGGUCUGGACAAGAUAAACCGCCUUACUUGGAGAACAAAGAACAAGCUACGAGUAGAUCUGGAAUUUAGACGAAAUCAGGAAAUUUAUCGUCCUUACGCCGAGUAUGACUUAUUCGCAGUUGAAUCAGAAUUGAAAAAUUAUUCCUUGAUUAUUGGUGGGAUGUUUUCAGGUAAGUUAUUUGCUAAGUCAUGAUUACUAUGAUAAGUAUAAAGCGGAUUAGCAAAUCAGUUCAUCAGCUAGAUGUUUUACAUCGAAAAUUACCCUUAUUAAAUUUUGAACGGUGUGAUCAUUGGAGUAACUUCAAAAUAUAAUUUUUUGUGGUAGCUCAUAAUUAUUAUGAUUCGUGGACUGAAGUAGCGUUUAAAGUAACAAAUCAAUAAAUCAACUAAACUUUGAGGCGAGGAAAUAUCCAUUGCUUGAAAGUGAUCUGAUAGUCGAAUUGAUGAUUAAGAUGAACUUGGUACGUACGAUAUUGAUAAGUUCUAUUCAGCGGACACGGACACUAGAAUAAGGCCUUGAUUAAGCCUUAAUUGCUCAUACAUACGUAGCAGAUUGGAAAGUAAAUGCGCAAUUCGCAACUUACCUUAGGUAGACAGCCAAUGUUUUUUUUUUCGGAUGUUCACUUACCACAAGUUAUCCUGAAGCCCCUGUAUGCCACAUUAAGAAAGCCAAUACGGAUCAUUAUUUAGAUCCUCAAGGAUAUACGACUAUGGGAGACUUAAGAUUUUAAAAAAAAUUAGACAGUGGAAGACGUACCUAUUUCGACAGGCCUAUACCAAUCGUUUAUAGUAAUUAAUAUAGUAACGAGUUUGUAAAUUCUGUCUUAAGUUUUAUCAUUUUAUUUUAUAUGCACACUCUAGACAGCGCUUUUGAACACGAGAAUAGCAUUCUAUAAAUGAUUACUAUAAUAUUAAAUAACUUUUAUCAUAUAUUUGUUCUUUCUCUCUAUUUGAAGGAGAUGUCAACGAUUCUUUUGUUGGCAAUAACCACGCCCAAUUUUCAACAGUAGAUAAAGACGACACAAACUGUACUAAAGAAUUUGGCGCUUGGUGGUUUUCAAAAGGUUUGGGGCACUGUGGUCACUCGAACCUCAACGGUAAUUACCACCAAACGAGUGGUAUGAGAUGGACUAAGUGGAAUAAACACCCAAAUACGCUCAUCAUCAAAGCUGAAAUGAAGAUCAAGCCGGAUUGCCCAAGAAAAUAAUUUAUGUAAAAUGUAUGAGAUCGUGUAAAAAAAAAGAUGACAAUAAAUGUGUUUGCAGUGUACUAGUUGAUUCUUGUGUAACUCGCUGGAUAAGCGAAGUAUGUCGAAUCGAAGUGCGCAGAGGUUAUGGAACCACUCAGCCACACCAAUUGAGCUUCGAAACCUCGUCUUGUCUACGAACAUAUCUUAUUGGUUUGUGCAUAAUAUGUCCUUCAUUUUUUCUUACUCUUCCAAAUCGCAAAGCGUCUCCAAAUGGAAUUUCCGUAGCCAAAAUACCACAUACUUGCUAUUUUAACGUUACCAUACUGCCAUACGCACUGAAAAUUUUUGUAUUCUGGCAGUCGGAGGAACAUUUCGAAUCUUUUUCACGUUGUACACAGCGGACAUAUGAAAAUUUGACACAAGGAAACCUGGAAUCUGUUGUGUAGAUUGUUAAAUUACAGCAUUUAACUAUGAGGAGGAAAUAUGUACUCAUACGAAAUUAUGCUUAUCUGUACUGAUGUAGGUUUUGAGCGCUUUUGUGAAAUUUUUCAAGAAAGGCGGAAGUCUUCUUUAACCAAAACAUAACCGGUGAAAGGCGGGCACUAAUCGAGAACAGACUGAAUGAUUCACUGUAUUUUAGUCACAACUAGUUUAUGAUAAGGUAUUAUAAGCUCUACAGUAAAGGGUUUGAGCCCAGGAGUAACUUAUGAUAGUUUAGUCUGAUCGUCCGAGUGAGUGUAGUCCGAAUAAGGACUGUUAUCGGUUGUGGUGUCUGACGUUCGAAAACCUAAGCGGAAGUCAUCAUCAGAGUCAAGUGAAUAGCUGUUCUUAAUCGAAUUUCUAAGACCGGUUUAUAUAUACUAAUUGGUCAGUUUUGCCGUGAUUAUAUUGGAUGUAAGACUCAAGUGGCAUAGGUCGGUCUCGAUUCGAGAGAAUUUUGAAAAGCCACAACGUGAAAGUUGCUCAAAAACCUUUUCAGACUUUGGAGCAUAUUUUCGCCAAACCUAAGGAUCCUGUCAAGAAAGAACAACGAACCGACACCAUUUAUUCUAUUCCUUGCAAUGACUGUGAUAACGAAUACAUCGGACAGAUCAAACGUCAGUUUGGUACACGUUUGAAAGAGCAUCAAAAAGCGGUUUUCUUUUGCAAAAAGGAAAAUUCAGCUUUAUCGGAGCACACAUGCCUAAUCAACCAUACAAUUGGGUGGGAUAAUUCUAAAAUUAUUACCACUAAUCGGCGUUACCACCAGCGCCUUUGUUUGGAGGCUUGGCUUAUUAACUCCGCCCACGUUCCUUUAAAUCGUGACGAUGGCGGCUUGCUUCCUAACACCUAUUUACACCUCGUCAGAAAAAAGGCAGCUAAUUAGCGAUCAUGGAAAAGGACCUCUUGUUGCAGCGUUUAGAUCACCCCUGAUGAAGGCACUAGACAGGAGUGUCGAAACGUUGGGUCCAUAAAUUGUAACUUCUUCGGUUACAUUCAUUAAAUCUGUUAACCAGAGUAGCAUCAAACCAUGUCUGAUUGUCCACCUGGUUGCCAUGUGAACUUUAAUAAAAAUUACCCUGUUAUGAGUUCAAUUAUACACAAAAUCAGAGGGCUAGAUCUUGGUUCCUUUUUGGCGAAAUCAGUAUUUAUUUGCUUCCUUGUAUCUCUCAACAAAACGGGUAAGAUCUUUCUUUAACAAUGUAGUUUGUAAAUUCUACAAGACGAAAGAUCCUAUGAUUAUAUGAUUGUGACUAAAUCCUAAGAUUCUAAGUGCUUUUGCUUAUCAAAUUGUUACAGUGAAGCAAACUGAAAGUGACACAACUGAGGUUAGUUUUUAUAUAGUAGGACGCAUUUCCCUAAAUUGUGAACUAACUGAUGUUGCUCGGGCUAUGAACAUAAGCUUUCUACAUAAGUAUGCUUUGGCUCUAGUUCACUUCAAAUCUUCCACUUAUUUCAUCCUCGGUGAUGUUAAUAUAUGUCCUCUGAAAUUGAUUAAUCAAAGAGAAGAAGAUAUUUCAGGUUAGAUGCACGAGUGAAGCUUGAAAUGAAAAAAAAAUUGUAAUCAUAUAAAAACAGCAGAUAGUAAAAAAAAUAGUAACAAGGCGGUAGAUGAAAAAGAGAUAUAAAAAAACUCAUGAGAUACUGCUAAUUAGGCAGGCAGUGAUACACCGUUUGAACCAUUAUAAUCUGACCAACCUUUUAUCUGAGUAAUACUUCUACUUAUGUUGUCCGUCUUCCUUUUAAGAGCAUAUUUGGCCAUAAAUAUAUUUAUAGCCGUUUGUACAGUGGAGAGUGUUUCAAUAUUUGUCACUGCUUCAUUGAUCUCGUAUGACUUCUCUGCAUUAAUACAAGUCUACUCAUUUGAACAAUUAAAGAUUUUAUUAUGUAAUCUUAUCGAAUCGAAUCAACAUAAUGUGGCUAAAUGUAAUUUAGACAAAGUGAAAUUGCAAGCCAAUGUGGUCAGUGGUCUCCUCCUCAAGCGUGCGCGAUUGUGGAGUGACCGCAAGGGCCUUUUGGUUAUUUUGGGACUUAAGUUGCAUCUCACGCUGGCAUUUUUUGGGCUGAUCAUUGUGGAUCUGUCUCGUAAGUGAAUCUUUGUGGAUACUGGCUCCCAGCCCGUCCCUCCCCUUCUGUGCAGGUGAGUAUUUCCACUGAAUUCUUUCAGUUGGCGGCUGCAUGCAGGGGUGGUUCCCGUUCGCAGGUUUGCCAAGGAUACCUCCUUGCUAUGCCUGAUGCGUUUAGGCUCCCGUCCAACUUUUAAAGCAUCAGUUCCCAAACUCAUCUAUUGGUGAUGAGUUUAAUUACUUAAAUGAUAAAAAUAGGAAAGAAUGGAAGGAAGGGCUAAGGAAUUACCUAAAUUCAAUUUCACUCACCUUUACUUCUCGCAAGAAGUAUUCCAGCUGAUCUACGAUGUCAGCAAACGAAGGUCUCAUCGUUCCAACAAGAUCUCAUCAGCGUAUAUCUACAAAUACGUUGCAGUAUUCAUUACUUUUUUGCACCUAUUUAUUCAUUCAACUCAAACAAUCUUAACACAGCCAAACUGCAGAGCAUCGAACAGCGACAUGUAAACUAGAUGGAGUUCCAAAUCUAAGAAGAAACAAACCCUUUAUUAAUUCCUCGCCCGGGUGAAAUGGUUUUAAUUACUUGAAUAAUGUCAAAAUUGUUAACUGAUAGAAUAAAUGUAAACACAUAAAUACACAUGCUUGAAAAUGAUCGAAAAGCUUACAGUUCUUCCGAGCAUUGAUGAGGACGUGACAUCCGGUAGCCCGUAGAAAGCCGACUUACCAAGGCAAAUGGUGUUGGGAUGUCAGGGUAUGGUGAGUCACCUGUUAAGCAAAAUAACUAACAACAGUAGCUUGAGCUUAAUUGAUUAUGUGGCUUUAAGCUGUCUAUCCCUCUGAUACAUCUGUUGACAUAUAGCCAGUGAGCUCAAAAUUGCAAAUGAAACUUGAUAAUAUUAUUGUCUUUCCUAGAAUAUUUCAACUUAUUAAAAUAAUGCUUUUGAUCCAGCGUGAUUGACUUAUGGAAUGACAUACUAUUUAAUGAAUGUCCAAAAAAAUUGCCUAAUUUUCCCCCCUUCAAAAACCUCUCCCAGGCUAUAAAACAAAGUAUUUUGGAAUUCUGGAACCAAUGUGAAUUUGUACGAAUCCCCGACUCUUUUCCCGUCGUCAGCAUUCACUUUUAUAAUGACAUUUCUACUUCAUCAAAUAUUUAAUGACCUACCAUAAGUUACCAUUUCCCAAAGUAAUAUGCCAAACGACCACCUUCAAAUGGGCGAAAAAAGGAAAAAAAAAACACGCCAAAAAGCAACGAUUGAUGACUCAUUUUCAGUUAAGUAUAUACUUGCUGACGCUUGAUUGACAUGGGAACGAAUUUGUCUGAAAUUAAUAUUCUGAUAACAAGUUGAAGAGAUUCACGUGGCAUUAUGGAAGUUUCGGAUUGUUUAUGCAUUUUGCGGGAAAAUUAAGUCAUUCAAGGUUGGUCUGUCUUGACCACUUUCUUUUCUGUAUUUGUUGUAAUUUUGGUAUAUGAAAUCCCUGUACAACAUCGUUAGAGUCAUUAAUUAGUAGUAAAACCAGGCUAGUUUACCCUUUCCUGGGGGUAUUGUGCUGCUGCAUUAGAUGAGGAAUACGUUUUCACGCAUUAUUGGCCACAUCUAAAAAGUGGCUAUUUAGUGGUUUUCAUUUUCUAGAACCUUUAGUUUCAGGGUGCACAUGUUAAGAAAAUAGAGAAAGAGGUUUUUCGUCUUAUCACGAGCAUGGGACAAAGAAAAAAUUCCCCAUGGGUCGUCCCCCAGUACUGAGGUUCGAAUCCUCAUGGGGAUCAGAACUUUUUAACGAGCUUAAAACUUGCCAUCCUUCCCAUUCGAUUUGAAAAUUUACAGCUGAAAAAAAAAACAACAAUAACAUCCAACAAUUAUAGUUGAAAGUGCCUGAGAGUCAUUAAUUAUCAUGCUUUCUCACCGAACACUACAUAUUUUUGACGAUGGCUUUUCAGACAAUGCGAUCAAGCCUGGCUUGGAACAAUCCCAAAACGGUUUCGUUCCAAGAUACUCUACGUUUGCAUCGGAGAUAUAACAACUUUGUAUACUACUUUUCGUGUCACUUACACAUCGCUCUUGGAUGUAUAAACUCGAUCUCGCAGUGAUUCUAAAGACGACCAUCUCCAUGGAACUUUACCCUGUGAAAAAGGGAGGUGUGCAUGAUCUUGUAACAUUAACUUGUAUAAACUGGAAUGAACAAGCCAACAAGUCACCACGCCAAUCUGAGGAUUUUCCAUCCGUUUGACUGAAUGUUAGUUAUACCAUAGAUCAUAAAUAAGGUAACCGAAAUCAAUUGUGGCAGGAUAUAUAUGGGGCCAUUUGUCUGUCUGGUUUAGAGGGAAAGAAUUUAAUUCAGUCGGUUUUAGUAAAAGUAGUUAGAAAAGUAACAAUUAGUGGCACAAUACUUACGCACGAGGUCUUGAUGCAUAAUCCAUUGUCUGUGAUUUCCCUAGCGAAUCCAAAGUCUCCGACUUUUGCCACCAUGUUUGGAUCGAUAAAAACAUUUCUCGCGGCAAGGUCGCGGUGAAUGCACUGAAAAAAAAGUUACCACAUCGAUUCUCUAUCGUGCAAAUAUUAUCGGACAAUAAAUAACUGAGUUAAAUUUUCAUCAAGAGCUUCGCUAGGAAAAGAUCCGGCUAACCUUCUGCUCUUCUAAAUGUUUCAUUCCCAAGGCCACAUGUAGAGCAAUUUUAAGCAGCUGUCGGUCAUUCAGCUUACAGUGCACAUUCGCAUAUUCGUUACCUCCGUCACCCUUGCACCUCAAAAAGCUUUCAAGGCUACCAACAUGGACCAAUUCGGUGACGACAAGAAUUGUCUCUAAGGAAAGAAAAGUUGGCUAUCAGGAACAAAUUUACUGCUACAAAUUGAUGGGAACUCGACGACGGGAGAAAGUAGCCUCAAACCAACUACCAGCAUGCACGUUAGGGAAUACUGUGGGUUGGCGGCAUCAUUUUUGCAAAAGUUACCAUAUACCUUUGGUAGAUUAGAUAAAGACAAAAAGAAUGAGUUUGCAAUUUUAAGUACCGCUCUCGCUGAGAGCGGUCCUCUCGACUUCCCGUCGGAAAAAAGUUUACCUUCACUACUUACCCAUGAAAAGGGUUUAGGACACAUGUUUCAAAAGUAGUUUAUUUGUUCUCCUAUUCCCUUUUUGCGUGGUCACAAGUUAAAAUUGAUUUUGGCCAGACCACCCGUGUGGACAGCGAUCAAAAGUGUAAAUUUCACUGAUUUUCUUCAGCGCGAAGCGACUGCAUUAAUACAGCUCACGGAAUUCGCUCUCGCUACAAAUUAUGUGAUGUAUUCAGUCAAUGUACAGACAAAAGACGGAAACUUCACCUGAAAUAUUUUCCAUUACAGCGUUACCUGAGGAAACCUCUUCGACCUUUCGACCGAAUAUUUGCAUAUCAAAAAAUUUACCGAUUUGUAAGAAAUAAUCCUCAAAAUGCAGGCGUAAAUCGGGUCAAAAAAGCAUAUCAGUGCAUAGCAUAUACUCCAAUGAAGUCGCAGAUUGUCUCAAACCCGCAGGCAUCUCUCUAACUUUCAUCCACUAACACCUUGAAAACACCGUAAAUCCAUGUGUUUGCUGAAUUGCGCUCGUCUAAAAGCUCAUUUGCAUAAUUCUGAAAAUUGACCAAGAUAUCCUUUUGACCGUUCACCUCUUCGAUAAUUUUCACAGUGUAAAGUUCUUUGGAGAUGUUCAUCUUUAGAAUCUCUGCAAGAUCGAGUUUUCUUCCACCCUGAUUAUCUUGCCCUGUAAACUUCAUUACAUGAAUAAAUACAUAUUUUUUGCGUAGACUAGCAAGAAUGUUAUUUGGAUAGUCGAAAUAAGUCUCACCUCCUUGAACCCAUGUUCCAAUUAGGUUGACAAUGUUGGGAUGUCGUCCAGCCUGUUUCAACGUUCUUGACUCAUUCAGCAAAGCGGCUUUCGCAAGUGUGCAUGCAUUACCUAAAAUAAAAUAAUAAACAAAGGUGAUAAUUAUUCAUAAGUUGGUUAAGUUGUGUUGUACGUAGAAUUCAAAGAAAACGAAGAAUACUGCGAAUACCCUGCCAGUCUAAACACCUUGCUACAAAUAUUACGUUAAAGAAUUCAGAUUGCAAUGGGGUAACAUACAAUAGUCCCAAAAAUACGUAUAAUCGAAUUUUAUUUGCUGAUCCGCCCACACUGCUAAGAAAACAAUAACUGAGAAAAGAUUAAAGCCAAUAGAAAAAGACCCCUAUGCAUACCUUUCAACUUCUUUAUUGCAAAAUCAGUAAUGCUACCAUUCCUUCCACCAUAGUGACCUUUGUAAACGAUUCCAUAUUCUCCUUCACCUAGUACCUCAUCGAGUACUUCGAGAGUACCUCGGUCUUUUUCGCUCUCCGCUAUCUCAGUGAAGAGGGAUGUUUGUAUUUCGUCGCUAUCUUUGUCACUAUCCAUCCCACUGUCUUGAUACGAAAUAAUGUUGACAUCACAGUGACCACAGCCGUCUUCGGCACCUUGGUGACCAUUUCGUGAAUUAAACAACUCUUCUGCAUAGCCUUUUUGAUCAGAGAUGGAAUUUAGGAAAUGUUUAUCUCCGACAUCUAGUGGAGUCGGAGUCCUUCUUUCCUCGGACGAUACUCUCGGUAUCGAGUCAACUCUCCAGUCGUCAUGGGUAUGCUUUUUACUGUUUAGCUGCACAUUGUUAUUCUUAUUUUUACCAACUAACAACGAAGAGAUAGCAUUUGCCUCUAAAAGCUCCCUUUCUUCCGUGUCAGCAUUCAUAUCUUUCAGUAUCACCUCAGCCAAAUCUUUGUUGUCUAUGCAGGCCACAAUUUAAAGUUUUGAUCAAGUUUAAGUUUUGAUCAAGUUAAAUUUUAGUUGCUAUGAAGUUCGAUUGCACUAAAUAAGAUUUACCUCAUGAUCUCUUCUUGCACGUCGAUACAAAAACGCCAUAAAGCAUCCGCUCAUGAAUGCAAUUAUUACGCUACCACACACACCAAGUGCAGUAACCAGGGGAACAGACCGUUGUUGUUCCUUUAUUGGCGGGGCUGUAUUUGAAGAAGCUCGUUGAAAUAUGAAGAACAAUGAAAUAACAGUGAGAUUGAACAUUGCAUGGAAUUAUCAAGCGCAUUAUAUGGUGCUGCUGAUCGUUUCGUCUCAUAGCGUGAGAAACUGAAACCUGAUUAUCCGCUUGCUAGGAUUUGCAUAAAGCAAGGAAAUAUUAAAUUUCAACUUUCAUUUAAUUGCUCAGUCUGCAAAAAUGAUGUUUUUCUUCAAUUUAGAUAGAGAAAAAUCUCCUACUGAGUUCUGCUACACGAUUGACCCUCAAGGAAAAUGAAUGCAAAGCGUAGUAUCAACAUGCAACCUCAUCUAACUUUUUAUGAACAGGAACGUGAGAUUUGGAAGCUAUUUCCUCAGCGCUGCUCUUUGCGAUACAUAUGUCCAGUAUUCAAGUGAACUGAUCAAAACAUUUUUCUGUAAGUGACUUUUGAAAGCAUUUCUUUCAAGUACUUUCAUCGCCUUCUCAGAAGAAAUGAUCGUUUCAUAACAAAAUUUAAUGCCAAGGUAAGAAACAUUGAGCAUAUGUCUCACCUAGAUCUUUUGUGGACAAGAAUGCCGGCUUUGAUGCUUUUUCUCCCGCACUGUUAUUUGCAAAGCAGUAAUAUUUUCCAUUAUCUUCCCUCUUUACACCCUUUAUUACCAGCUGGCUAUGGAUUUUCUCGUCGUCGAGGAAAAUCUCAGGUACUCUAAUUCGGUUGUAAGAUUGUACAGCAAGUGCGUCAUCGUUCUCUAUCCAUGUGAUAGACGGCAUGGGAUGACCUUUGGCGGCGCAGUCAAAGGUUGCGUUGAAACCAGCGUCAACAGUUUGGUUCUUAGGAUCCUCAACAAUCUCUGGUGCCAGGGAAGCUUACACCGGCAAUUUCAGAUGACGAUGGAUAUUUUAUAUGAAGAAAGAAAGUUAAAUUUGAGAAGCCGUCAGUGAGUAAAGAUCAAGUAAAGCGGGGAAGGUAAGUAAUUAAGAAAACGCUAAAGGGAUAAAGAGAGCUUCGUCACGAUAAAGACAUCUUGAAAUAGUAAAUCCACGCCUUAUAGAAGUUCUAUCAUGUUCAAUCAAUUUUGCUCAUGCUUCUGACUUUUUUUUAUCCAUGUUACUUAUCAACUAAAGCAACUUCUCUUAGAUAUGGAGCUAGUCCAUGGAAUAUAAAUACCAAUACACGGCAAUUUUUUAGUACGCACAAUUCAGUGGGCAAACCACUUGUCACUGCGUUUUCCACUUUACCUUAGUAUUAUUUUUAACUUAAAAUAUUUCCAAGAAAGCUGAUUUAGAUAGCGGGGUUGUGAGAAAGUGAAAAAAAAAAUCCCAGGAGGGUAGGUACCAUUUGGGAAAAUGUUGCUUUAUUUUCAGUUAAAUCGCUAUUGUAAAGACGAUUAGAGCGAAUUAGAGUAAAAAAUAGAUGAAAGUCUUUAGAGCAGGAAAUGAGAUGACUCGUGGGUUCAGUAAGCAAUGAAUCACUCCGUAUUACUCAUCAGGUUUAAUGCUGUUUCGAAAAUAAAAUUUCUUCGUCUUCUAAUUAUCGGUGAUUUGCCAAACUUUGAUUUUGGCCAGGCGGUAUGAUUAAAAAUCGGAAAAUUAGAAUGAGCUUUAUGCUGGCACCGCAUUUGCCAAUUUACUUUAUCAUGAAAUUUCUAAGCAAAUGUGUGCUCACAAACAAUACCCUAUUAUACAAUCUAACUCAUGUCAUCAAUUACUUUAUUGCUUCUCGAGGUGAUUACUUUAUAUGUUUUGCCUACUUUGCAGCUCAAUUUCGACAACUUUUUGCGUGCAGUAUCCCUCAUAAUCAUUCUGAGCCUCACAAGUGUAGUUUCCAAACUGUUCCGUAGUCAAUCUCUUGAGCAUUAAUGUACCCUGCAGGCAUUUGGCUUCAACUGGUCUACCCUGAGGAUCAUACCACUGAAUAUACUUGGUCCAUCUCCUUGGAUGUAGCUGGUCUUUAUAACUUGGCCACGCUAUGCAAGCCAAGUUAAUAUCUGCACCUAUUCUUAAUGUGCGGUUUGGCGGACUUGAGAAAAUAUCCAUUUCAGGUAUCACUAGACGGAAAAGUUAAAAAAAAAUUAAAUGCGUGGUCCUCGAGGUAACCUAAAACAAUAAUAACGAUGACUCAAUCAAAAACUUCAUUACAAGGACUUGAUUUCUGGAUCAAGUGUGCAACUUUAGAUUUGUAAACAAAAAUGCAGUUGCUACUAACCAGUUUUACUAUUGCAUCUGUUCCUCAUUUCCUUGGUUGAAAGGCUGCUUAUAGCACUGGUAACAAGUAACAGCAUGAAGAAGUUGCCAGCAUUUCCAAGCCAAUGUGUGUUUAGCAUUCUGGUCAUGGGAUGUUCGUCCACUUCUUCGUACAAAAGUUACCUAAAUGUAAAAUCGUUUUUUUGCUAUGGCAUAGGGCAAAACGUCUUUUUUUUAAAACCAAAGCGGGCAGUGGGUGAUGGAAACUUUUCUCUUCAUCAACAGAUUAAUUGUCAAGUUAUUACCAAACUUCCAUUGGGAAAAUGAGCCGAAGUGCAAAAUGAUAGGCGAGGGAGAGGGUUAAACCUGCUUUUGAGGAUGUGGCUUUAUCAUUAUUACUAUUAUCAGACUUGUUAUCAUUAUUUUCAUGUCACCAUAAUGAUAGCUAUCACCAUCAUUAUUUUUAUUAUUAUUAUAAUUAUUAUUAUCACUAUUAUUAUUGUAUUCAUUUUGGCAUAUGAGUCAAUUUUAAUGAGGCCGUGAUAACAGCGGCAAUUUCUAUUAACCGAGCGAAAAUGAUCUCAUUAUUUUCUCUUACUGGUCCAAAAAACUUAAAAGAAUAGAAGCAUAAGACCUCAUUUCAGAAAGUCUAUGUUUCGUGACCAAGAAAAUGCAAUGAACAAAAAUUGCAACCAGAUGGCUUAUAAGUUGUCUCGUGCAAAAUGUCAUAUCUUGUUACCUACGCAACCGAUGCUCACGAAACCUGACCAAAAUGUAAAUUGAAGGUCUGAAUAAAGCCUCAUGAAAACAGCAGAUGAUAGUUUUUCAGGAAAAACUGAAGGGAAAAACGUAAAAGAAAUCUCAUUCUCUUACCUUGUUAUAUUUUUAUGAUGGUUGUUGAUUUUUUCAAAUUUUAUAUUUUUGACGCAUGUCAUUUCCCACGGGAUAAUUUAAGUGAGUCUUGCAAAAGCUUAAGAUGUUCUUCAUUUGAAGAUAUGUCAAGUUUUCCACUGAUCACUCAAAUUGGUGAAUCUUGAUGCGUUUUGGCACUUAGAGGCAGCUUUGGUGAGUUUUCGCGAGAAUAAAGUAUUUUAAAAUAUAAAAAUUAAUAAAUAAUAAAAGUCAUGAUGAAAAAAGGUCAUACGACCCACCUCAAGUCUUUUGCUUGCCACAGCAGACCAGACAAAAAGUGAAUAUAUUCAACUUUCUCACGUCGGAAUAAACAUAAAGGAAACAGGUGUCACAAUGUAGAUCUUUUUCGAGAUCCAAUAGUAUACCUUGCAGCUAUAUUUCAACCUAGUUGACACUGCAUGAGGCCACGCUUAGAGACCAUUUAAGCUUCCAUUGAUGUCCAUUAAACAUGGAAGAGUGUGUGAGAAUGGUUCUCAAGGUUUGGCCGCAACUGCAAUAGACACAUCUCCAUAAUUACUACCCAAGUUUAAAAUUUAUGACCGAAAAAAAAAACAUGUCAAUGAAAAAACUUAUCGUGCGUCAUAAGGCAUUUAAACUAGCCAGACUUAUGAAUAAUUUUGAGACACCAAAUGCAACUUUUCAUCUCUAUGAGUUCCUUUAUUCUUUUAAAUGAAAAAAUAAUCAUAAUUAAUUAACAAAUAGAGAAGCCUUGACUGUGCUCUGUUCUGUUAUAAAGCACGCAGGAAGCGGCUAGAGCACGAAAGAAGUGUAGGGAGAAACACGAGACGUAGUCGAGUGUUUCUUCCCACUUCUUGAGUGCUCUAGCCGCUUCCUAAGUGCUUUAUAACAGAACAGAGCACAGUCAAGGCUUCUCUAUUUGUUUUAUAAUAAAGAAUCCGUUAAAUUCCCCAUGUAUUACUUUCAAUUUUCAAAACAAACUUUAUUUCCAAAGCGAAGAACAGUGUCGUCAGCAUGCUCUAUACUCUCAUAGAGCACGCUACAAUAAGCCAAUCAGAAUCCCUGUUAGAAUGGUUCAAAUAAUCUGAUUGGCUGUAGAAGACAAAAGCUGUCAAAAGUGUCAAACCAUCAAAGUUCAAAAACCAUCAAAGUUCACACUCUGUGAUAGUUUUACAAACUAAAAUAAUUCGGCAGGUCGAAUUUAACGCUUUUGCCUGAAGUUUUUAAUUCAGAAUCUUGAAGUGAAAUGUUCAGUGAACUUCAGUCGAAUUAUGGCUCAUAAAAACACGCGGGUUUUUUCACAUGACAAGGUAGAAAACAAACUGUUCAAGGCGAGUGUUUUUUAAAUGAACAACAGCUGAAUUCACUGGAACAUGAAGAUCGCUCAGGAUGACAGCGCCGCAAAACUCGGCUGCAGUGACUGAAGUGACUUUCCACUCAACACAUUGGAAAGGAUAUCAGAGCGAGCUCUUAUUUCUUCACUCGAAGGGCGGCCGAUGUAGUUUCUGAGGCUUGCUUUACUGUGAUGACCGGAGAUCGCCAUGAUGAGCGAGCCACGAUGGACUUCAGCAUGAUCAUAUUUGCUCAGACACCGUCAUGAUUAGCAUGAAUUUUAACAGUUAUGCCAGUUUGGUUAUAUUUUUCAUCAUUUCUGUUUUGUUUUGUUUUGUUUUUGAACUCUGAACUUUAUAUACUAUACGAGUGUUGGCUGUGUUUGAUUUUCAUUAUCGUACGUAAGCAUGCAAUCUAACUGAGCGUGAAAAUCUUUUAAACUCGGAAUGUCUAUUUUGUUUUUCCUUUGAGGAUUUUCGUAUCUGCCCACGUUUUAAUAACGUAAAUAACGGCGCCUGGUAUGUUUACAAACCUUUCUUUGGUUCUUCUGUUACCACUUGCCGGCUGGCUUGUUCCGAAAUUUCACUUUCAAUUAUCGGAAAAAAGCUAAAAAGAAGUCCCGGAAAAGGUCGAACAUAGUACAAUUUGGCAGAUGGCGUGACAGCUUUAGCUCAGUUCUAUGCUCUAUACUCUCAUAGAGCACGCUCUUUCAACCAAUGACAGCGCGCGUUAUAUCCGAACUUUAUUAUAAAUAAAAAUAUAGAAUGAUGCUUUUUGCAGAUUUUACAGAGGAGCCAAGUUGUUUUGGCGGGAACUUUGCACCUCGAUCAUUAUCGCCCAGCAGUUAGUUUUCAAUAUUCGGGGUUUCCACUUGGCUGAUAUGCACUUAAAGCAGAUAAAAUGAUAAAGGGUUAUGAGGGUUAUUUUCCCAACCAAGCUUUUGUUCCGUCGGUUUUAUUGCCUUACAAAGAAAAACUUCGAAUGACUUAUUUAUUCGAGGAGUUGACGAGAACGAACACGGAUUUCAAAAUGGCGACUUUUUCACGUUUACCUCAUAUUUAAUCAAGGAAUCGAUCUCAAUAAGCAUGGAGUUCAAAGAAACUCUCCAUAAAACUGGUGACAAAUUUUCUGUCUUGAUAAAGAAGAUAAUUGAAAAUAAACUCCUGGGAUUGGCUGCUUCAAUGUUAAAAACGUUAUAACUGAAUUAACAUCUUCACGCCGAAAGCGAUUGUAAUGUUGACAUCGUGAAUAUGAAAGCGAUCUUUGCGCUAAUGAACUCUACUCAAGCAGUAGUGAAAAUAGGGCCUAAAAAAAUUGCACGGGAUUUGAACCCAUGACCUCUGCGAUACCGAUGCAAUGCUCUACCAACUGAGCUAACAAGCGAACUGGGAGCUUGUCGUUAAUUUGGUUCCCAACAAACCCAUGAAGUGAUUAAUAAAUGACUGUUGUUCGCCAGCUGGGAGGUCCGUAUAGGGAAAAACUGUGCCUGAAGUCUUGUGGCACUCAAGACAGAGGGCACGUUUUUUUGCAAUACGGACCGAUCUAGACUGGUGAAUAGCAUUUUUAUAUUUUUCUAAAACUGAACGAAAUACUUACGAAAAGAACCCGAAUGAUCGUUAGGCUGUAAUAACGGCAAGAUCCUCUCUAAACCGAACAAUUUUUGAGUAAGUAAAUGAUAGUAGAAAGAGAGGUGAUGCAAACUAAGGAGAAAGGCUUCACCGAAAAAUAUUUAUUUAUGAAGCAGAUAAGGGUGAUUUCAAAACUUUGAAACAUUUCCUUUUUAACAAGCAUCUGUCACAAUCUGACACAUCUCAAUUAGAGAGCGCGUGAGAAAAAAAUUCAGACAAACAAUAAUACUGGUUUGGCAAACAAACUCAAGUUUAAAGACUGUCACGACAAUUUUUCUUUCAAAAACAUUCAGUGAUCUUACGGAAAUUAUUAUUUACUGCCAUUGAUGAAAAGUGUACGAAGAGUACCUCUGCUCAGACAGUAAAUGGCAAAGAAAGUUAUUGUAGGUUAAUACAACGAUAAGUUUUGAAGUUGUGGGAGUUUGCUCGUUUGUUUGCUGCCAUGGCGCGUGUAAAUCAGGCAUUUUUGCACAAAAACACUAAAAUCGAAUGAGGCACGUUAACUAGACCCAUGGAGAAUUUAAUGCGGGAUCUUUCUCCUUAAAUUAAUUCAGUUUUUGUCGUGCAGUUACCACACAAAGGGUCAAAUGAACUGACUUGCAAAGACUUCCCCAGAGAGUAUUUGUCAUGUUUUUAGAAGACUGAAACUUUGCCCACCGUUUCACAACAAAAAAAUUGUUUGAGAGAAUUUAGAUAUCAAUUUAGAUAUUUAUUCAAUUGAACACAACGAUUUCAAUGUGAUAACCGAAAAUGACCAACGGUUUAACAAAGAUGACCACCAGAGUGAAGACUGGGUAGGGCACCGUCCUCUUUUAUUUGCAGCAACUAUACAAGAGACCGCAAUUCCAGAGUUAGCCUCCACAGCAAUACCACGAAGUGUUCAAGGUUUUCGACUAAACAUCUCAGAGCUACACCAUCAUCCCCCCAGAUGAACGGAUGUAUAAAAAUUAUACGCAUGGCAACACGUAAGUAAUACUAAUCAAGAAGAAACUAGCGUUAGUGGAGUAGAAGCUCAUUUACAUAAUGGAUCGAGAGAGACAUGAAAUAUUCAAAGGAAUAUUACUACUGGAAGGGAUAUUACUACUCUGUCAAGAGAGCUGAGAUGAAAAUUAGAUCAGUUUCAUUUUAGAACGUUCUAUUUUGUUUCCAGUUCAACGUUGUUUAUUGUAAAUUACUUUUUUAUUAACCAAAAUUCACUAAAACGGAGUUAUCGCAACAAUGAAAACGAUUCAAUGUGUAUUGUAAAGCAAAAAAUCACGAGAAUGAGCGGGUCAUAUUUGUCCAUAUUGAUUUAGCGGAGAGACUUCAUUUUAUUCAAAAGAAAAUGAUCGCAAUGGGUCAAUACGAUAUAACGCUCUCAAUAUUUGUCACUCUGUCCGGCAAGGUAAAUUAAUCUCCGUUUUGAUCCAUCAGCGUCUAACUUAUAAGAGAAUAAAUUACUGACUGAGCCAUCGGCUGAAUCAGUACACAACGUUAUGUGGAUUAAAUACCUGUAUGCGAAUAGGCGAUAACAAUUUAAUGUAGCCGAUAACAAUUCAUGAUAGACAACAGGAAGAUAUGUAAUUCAAAUUAAGUCUAAGCUGAGUAUUAAAGGCUAGGAAAUUUGUUGAAAAAUUUCGUUUGGUGCAUACCACAUUCGACAGUUUGAAUGUUUUUGGCAUUUCGCAUUGCUGGAUAGAACUGGCUGUGAAUUGAUCCUGGCAUGCCGCUAGGCUUAGAGACAAAGACCGACACAGUCAGAUGAAUAAUAUAUGAAUGAUAUGAAAAAUUACUCCUCUCUUUAAAGUGGAGAUUUAAUAACGAUAGGGAAAUCAUAAACGAAAGGAUGUGUGUUUUAAGUUAGUUUGGCAAGUUAGUAAGGGCUACGAUUUUCAUUCAUUAUGGCACUUAGACAACUUUUCGAUAUUCCGAUAGCUACAAUGAAACAACCUUCAUUCUGACCCUCAGCUUUGACUUCUUCGUGCAGAAUGAAGGCCUCAGAAGGAGCAUGGCUUUCAAACGACGCACGAGAUAAAUAAUAGAAAACAGAUCCAUUUCUAGCCACUAUUCAGACCAAAAGUGUACUUUCAAUAUUCUAACAUUUCAAUCUGCUAAUUACUUGGUAAAAAUCUUUCCUUUCAAGUCGAAGACGAGAGAAUUUUUCAGUCACUGAAAUCAGUAACGUUAAUGGGCGCGUGGAGUGGUAUAACAAGAAAAAAAUUUUCGCAGUUAUUUCAAUGACACACACAACAGGUUGUGUCAAAAUGGUUUACAUCAGCGUUUUCACCAGUCCAUAAUGGCCUCAAGUUAUCUAUAGUUAAGCCGCGGCCAGAAUAAAAAACAAGUACGAUGACUUUAUUUUUGUCCGAUUUUUGCUGCGGUUUUCUUGUAAUGAGUCAAACAUCUGCUAAGCAGGAAACGGUGCUGAUGGCACUCCAGUCAGUUCCUCGCCCACAAAGCAUUAUAAUAGCGUCUACAACAGCCUCCCCUUAGGCACGGCGAGCAAGAAGAUCGAAACAAUUCUUCAGAAAAUGAAGAAACAGCUUCCAUAUGUUCAAAACGACAUCGGCAUCAUCAAUGAAAGAAACAACACUAUAUCGCGAGGUAUAGCCACACAAUCGAUUAUCAUUUUUUUCCUUUCCAUUUGUUUGGAACUGCUGCUUAGAUAAUAGUGGAAAGCCUAUGGAUUUUAAUCUUUUUUGAUCAUGACUUACAGUUUAUAUUUCCAAUGAAUUCGCAAAAACUCUCCUCAGAGAAAUGUAAAAGAAACGUCCAGAAAUCCAAAACGACAUUGCUGCUAUCAAAGAAACAAGACGCUUGCUGAAACUCAAGACAACUCUACUGAAAUUAUUAUUUUUCAUAAUUCCAAAAAGUUUUCUUUUGUUUUUCCGUUAAUUGCAAGAUCAAGAUGCUUGUCAUGUUACCUGCAAAGGUUUAAGUUGGCUCGUGGACAGGCUCUUGCAGAAAUCUGUCAAUUUAGAAACGGUUGAUGAAUUUACCUUUUCUUCCAGCAGUUAAGAAGAAUUGAGUUAAGCUUCAAAAAUCUGGUAAAACAAGCAGCGGUGUUUAUGCAGUCGACCCUGAUGGUUCAGGUGCUUUUAACGUCUUUUGUGACCAAAUAACAGCCGGUCCGGUUGGGGGGGAGGGGGUGCUGGAUAGUGUUUCAGAAGAGACUGGAAGGCUCGGUUGCUUUGCACCGUAG